AUGCGCUUCUCAAACAUCUACCUGCCCUUCUGUGCCCGGACUCUGCAACACCUGCUGGAGAUCAACAAGCACCUGGUGAUGCGUCGUGUUCGACCUCGACUACGCCUCCUAUCACAGCCGGGGGGGAAGGGGGAGAUCACCUGUCUGGCCACAGACUUCUACCCUCGCCACAUCAACCUGACGCUGCUGCGGGACGGUGAACCCGUGGACGAGGAGGAAAUGACCGUUGGCUCGGUGCUGCCCAACGGCAACGGUCUCUACCAGCUGAGGAAGACGCUGGUGGUGGAUGAAGAGGAGCUGCAGAGGAAGUACAAGUACACCUGUGCAGCGUCUCACCUGAGUCUGGACAACCGGCUGGACGUGAGCUGGAGGGCGGAGUCUUUCCGCUCAUUCAGAGUCCACGUCAUCUCUGCUCCGUCGUCCUGA